AUGCUCAAAUCACUCCUCCUCCUGGCGGCAACCGCCACGCUCUCCAGCGCCCGCUACGCCGUGACCCUCUCCCCAACCCUCCACACCGGCCCCAUCACCGCCGACUAUCUCACCCCCAGCCCCGACCAAUCCGACCUGGAUGCGCCCAAACUGUCGCACGCCAACGCCUCCACCUUUGACUGGUGGACCUUUGACGCAAUCGCAAUCGAAAACCCCAACGUCUCCCUCGCCGUCACCUUUUCCACCGCCGGCCCCGUGGGCUACCCGCUCUCCCUCCCAAACACGACGCACAUUGAGCCGGUGCCCGGAAACGGGUCGCAGUCGAACAACGGCGCGCUGUGGGCGCACAUCUGGGCGACGUUUGAGGAUGGCCGGAGGCUUUCGGUGGCGGUCCCUGUUGAGACGGCGAGGAUGAGCGGCAGUGGGGACUCGAGUAUUGCCAUCUGGCAUGGCGGGGGUGGGUGGAUGGGGUCCGAGGAAGGGUACGAGGUGGAGAUUGAGGUGAAUCGCACCGAGGCGAGGGAUGGGCUUGAGCCGCUGAGGGUGCUGGGGAGGAUCAGUUAUGAGAAGAUUGCACCCUCGCACUCGCACUGCUCGAUCCCAAACAACUUUAGCACAUCCCUCGGCCUCGGCGAGCAGGGGCUCGGCUGGGUCAGCGUCAUGCCCGAUGCGAUUGCGAGCGUUGAUGUCGAUGUCAACGGGACGAGGCUGCGGUUUGAUGGGUAUGGGUCGCAUGACAAGAUCUGGAGCAACCGCCCCUUCACGCAGACCACAAAAUCCCUGACCCGUGGCCGCGCACACCUCGGCCUGCACUCCAUCUCCUGGCUCGCCUACACCCCCCUGCACUCCCCCUCCUCCCCCAACGACAUCCCCCCGACCCUCGUCUCCUCCUCCAUCGCCCGCGACGGCAAACCCGUAACCGCCGGCUGCGCCUCGAAUAGCGUGACCAUCGAGCCCUCCCGCGAACAGACCGAGGGCGGGCUCGUCAGCGGGUUCGCGGUGUCGGUCCCCGGGGCGAGGCUGAGUGUUGCGACGGAUGUCGAGGAGCGCGGCGGCGGGGGCGGGGCGGGUCGCGAGGGCGGGUAUGUGCGCUGGAAUGGGAGGGCGCGGGGGACGGUGGGGGAGGGGGAGAGUGCGGUUGAUGAGGAGGGGGUUGCGAUGUUUGAGAGGUUUGAGUAUUGA